AUGAACAUUAGAGAGAAAUUACUAAGAGUAAAAUAAUCUACACCUCUUUAUAAAUUAUAAACACCCCAAGUAUUAAAGGAGGAAUAUCUAAAUGCAAAUUCAAAAAAAUGGUUGACCAAAGGAAUUGAUAUAACAGAUUACUUUAAUUAUGGAUUUAAUGAUGCCACUUUAAAAUUAUAUAUUCAAAAGCUAAAUAAAUUAACUGAUCUUAAUUUAAGUAAAUUGCAAAAAGAAUAUACUGCUAGAAUUACUGAAUAAAAAGCUUUAAUUUUUAAGGAUAAUAUUCCUAUUGAUUAUGGAGGUCUAGGAAUUAGUUCAGUUUCUGAGUGUUUACCUGAAGAAUUAGAUUGUUAAAAGGAAGCUUUGAUUUUUGAAAGUAUUGAUUAUGAAGGAGAUUUGAUAUUUACUAAUGAAACAAUCCUCAAUAUAUUUAAACAUUAUAAAUAGUAUUUAGAAGAACUAAUUACAAAAUGUGAUUAUUUUGAUUUUGAGACUGUAAUGUAGUAUCCAAAAGAAGAAAGUUAAUGGUAAAAAGAACUAGAAAAAUUAUUAAGGAAGGAUAGUAAUAAUAGUAAUCAUCAAAUAGAUGAAUUGCCUGAAAAAAAAAAAAUUAAACAUGAAAAAAAGAAAUCAAAGAAAGAAAAAAAAUAAAAAAAAGAAAAAAAGAAAAAACACAAAAAAAAAUAUUCUUAAGAAGAUUCAAUUUAGAUUGUUCCUUAAUAAAUCAUAGUUAGAUAAGAUUCUCCAUCUAUUGAAUCAAAAUCUAAUAUGAUUGAAUGUGAAUUAUAAAUUUAUUCUCUUUCAGAUCAUUUAAGCAAAUAACCUUAAGAAGAAAUAUAGCUUUCUUCACCUUCUCCUAUCCCAGAAAUUUAAUAACAAUAAUUACCACCACCAUUAAGUUAAGAACCUAUCAGAUAGAGAAAUCAUAAUUGGCCUAGAAAUUUAAUUCAUGGAAUUCUUUAAGGAAAUAAAAAUUAAUAAAAAAGAUGA